AUGAAGCGUUGGUUUCUCCUUUUUUCAACAAUUUUCAUACUUGGAAAGUUUGGAAACUCUCAACCACAACAACCACAGCAAUUACAAGUUUGUCUUAAAGACAUAGUAGAAGAUGUCUGCCGUCAACGAGAAGGAUACGAUCCUGAAUGUGAUAAAAGCUGUGUGGCAUUAUAUCCAAUGAGAAUUGGAAGUGGAUGUCGAAGUAGACCUGGUCAACUCCUCUCGUUUUUCGGAAUUCAGUCAUUCGUUUGUACUUGUCAUUUGUCUCCAAUUGCUUGUGCAAAUCCACAAUUUGCUGUUCAUCCAUAUCAUACACUCGUUGUUCAGCAGCAUUCUCAUUUGACCGUCAUUCCUCAGCUACCUCAAAGUUGUGAUUCCCCGAAGCCGCCAUCAUUAUCUUGUCGAGAUCCGUCUGUAUGUAGUACGUGGCAAUAUUCUCGAGAAUUUGAAUGGUAUUUCGGAAGACCAAAUGGGUUGCCCCGUCCUAGUGAAUCACCUGUUGACGAAUUCGUUGCGGGAACUAGUCAGCAAGGCGCCACAUGGGCGACUAUUUCAACUUGCGAUGGAAUUUGCUCAUCGAGUUCUGUUAAUGUAACAGCAAGAGUCUGGAGACCUCCUACCGUUAUUGCGGAGUUAUGCUUCAAAGAAAAGCAAACCACGAUGUGUGCACCAAUACAAGCAAAAGAUGGUGCUCUCAUCAUUGAAGUGAUUCCAGAAACGAAUCAUUUUCAGGUAAUGAUUCGAUUUUCGAAUGUAACUGCUGGAGAAAUGAUACUUCUUGAUGAUCUGAAUGUCUAUUAUCAACCAUGUCAGAAGAAAGUUAUGAACUUAUCACAAACCAUUCAUUCGACGAAUGUGAGCACGGUUCCUCUAAAAUCAGGAGGUCUUCCAAUCAGUUUGAUAAAUCCAAAUAAAGGAGAUUCACGUAUGGUUCAGCAUAGAAUGUGUCAAGAUGGUGAAUGUGAACACAAACCCCACCAUUCGACAUUCCAUUCAUCAACUGCCAAAAUGUGUGUUGGACGACCUGGAUUGGCAUACUGUAGACAAAAGUGUAGAGCAUUGGAUGCUUCUGAAUCAUCUGCCAAAUGUCUCCGUCAACGUGAGAAUCCACUCAUCAAAAAAUGUAUCUGCCACGUCAGAAGGUCACCAGUGAAAAGAAUUGAAGGAGGAAUAGUAGAUCAACCAACUACAGUAUCCAGAGAAGUAGAAAUGAAUCGAGUGUUGGCUGAUGAUGUGACAUCAAUGACAAAUUUCCCUCCGUCAACAACUACAGUAACCGAAAUGCCUUCGACAACAACGAAAUUUGUGAUGAUGGAUAUAGAAAACGAGGAGAAAACAGAAGAUGAAACGGCAAAAGUGAUCGUUUUGAAUCGACCGAGAAAUAAAUUUAAAUGUGAAGAAACGAAUUGUAAUUUCGAGAAAGAUACGAAAUGUGGAUGGGCGGAUUUGAGGAUGUUGAGUCGACAUUUCAAUAAUAUAAGUGUUGCGAUGAAGAGAGGAGAUGAAAAUCGUUAUGGAAUCUCUCGUCUCGAUGCGAAAUCCUAUUCUGGUCUUCUUUAUAAAGCUUCAUUGAUCGGCCCAAUUCAAAUGUCAAUUGACGUCUACCCAUCUCAUGAAAUUGAUGUUCGAAUCUGUGUCCAAAAUUUGAGAAAAUGUCAGACUCAAACCAUCGGACCUCGUUCUUGGAACCGAAUAUCAGCAAGAAUUAAAGUACAAAGUACCGAAAAAAUCUUUGUACUAUUCUACAACAAUGCAAUGGAGACAAAAUCAAUUGCCAUCGAUAACAUUUUAGUCAAAAAUGGUGCUUGUAUUUAG